AUGGAAGGUUUGUUCUUCAACAUUGACUACGGCUACGUCGAAGGAGUGGUACGUGGCUACAGAAACGGCUUGUUGACCGGAAACCAGUACGUCAACUUGACCCAGUGUGACACUCUCCAGGACUUGAAGCUCCAGUUGUCUGCCACCGACUAUGGCAACUUCUUGUCGUCACAAUCUGGCCCAUUGUCCACAUCCAUCGUUCAGGACAGAUUGUCGAAGAAGUUGUACUCGCAGUUCCAGUACUUGAAGAGCCAGAGCAGUGGCAAGUUGACCAAGUUCAUGGACUUCAUCACCUAUGGCUAUAUGAUCGACAAUGUGUCUUUAAUGAUUACCGGUACGUUGCACGACAGAGAUUGCUCAGAGAUUUUGCCUAAAUGUCACCCAUUGGGUUGGUUCGACACGUUGCCGACGUUGUCCAUCGCCACCGAUAUCGACGCCUUGUACAACACAGUGUUGAUUGAUACACCAUUGGCUCCAUUUUUCAAAGACUGCUUGACAGUUGACGACUUGGACGACUUGAACAUCGAAAUCAUCAGAAACAAAUUGUACAAGAACUACUUGGAGGCCUUUGUGGACUUUGUAGAGAAGGAAUUUUCUGGUCCCGACAAGGAAAUCAUGACCAGAUUGUUGAACUUCGAGGCUGACAAGAGAGUCAUCAACAUUGCAUUGAACUCGUUGAACAACCCCGACUUGUCGCCAGAAGAUAAAAUCUCGUUGUUCCCACAGUACGGCAAGUUGUACCCAGUAUACCAUCUUGACUUGUCCCAGGCUGAGGAAGUCGAGCAAAUCAAGAGCAUUGUGGAGUCUAUUGGCGAGUACCAGGACUUGUUCAGCGAGUCGCAGGAGAGCGGCGCCUCCAGAAACAUUGAAGACUGGUUCUACUUGUUGGAGAUGCAAUACAACAAGAAUGCUUUCACCCAGCAGUUCACCUUGUCGACGGUGUGGGCAUGGUUACGUUCCAAGGAGCAAGAGGUGAGAAACAUCACCUGGAUUGCUGAGUGCAUUGCGCAGAACCAGAAGAACAGAAUUGACAAUUAUAUUUCUGUGUACUAG